GUAGAUAGGGAGACAUCCUUUAAGGCUUGCUUUUACUACUAAGCUACAUAAGGUGGCCCUCCAUCUAUAUUUGUAGUUUUGUCCCUUCCCUUUCUCCCACUACCCUCUCUUUUUUUCUACUUCUCAAACACAGGUGAGGUGAUUCAGUGUUUUCGUAACAGCAUCUUUGAGGACAGGACCCAUCUCAAGCAACCCUUUCUUCUUCUUUGAAUUCUUUCAAGUCUUUCUGGAGAACCUUUGUUUUGUUGAAUUGAUGUCUGGUUUGUACAAUCAAAUUUCCUCACCUGCAACAGCAAGGGCCAGUUCACCAAAUAUAAACAUCAGAAGCAAUUUUAAUGUUGAUAGUCAGUACUUAGCAGAGCUGUUAGAAGAAUACCAGAAACUAAGACCUUUCAUGCAAGUCCUACCCUUAUGUACCAGACUCUUAAAUCAAGAGAUCUUAAGGGUUUCUGGGAAGAAUGGAUUGAUUCAGAACCAAGGAUUUAGUGAUUAUGACAGAGUGCAGUUUGGAAGCCACAAUCCUAGUCUUUUGCCUUCUUUAGAGACAACAACAAAUUUUACUGGUUGGAAUAGCCUGUCACAUAAAAGGUUAGCUGGUGUACAGGGACUAAAUGUGGAUUGGCAAACAACACCUUCUGUGCCAAAUUCUCCCAUUGUGAAGAGGAUCUUGCGCUUGGACAUUCCUAGUGAUAGCUAUCCAAAUUUCAAUUUCGUUGGGAGGCUUCUUGGCCCUCGGGGUAAUUCACUGAAGCGAGUCGAGGCUACCACAGGUUGCCGUGUAUUUAUUAGAGGGCAAGGUUCAAUAAAAGACCCAGAUAAGGAAGAGGUUUUAAGGGGAAAGCCAGGCUAUGAGCACCUGAAUGAACCACUGCACGUUUUGAUUGAGGCUGAACUACCUGUCAAUGUUGUUGAUAUAAGGCUGAGGCAAGCACAAGAAAUCAUAGAAAAUCUACUCAAACCCGUGGAUGAGACACAGGACUUCUACAAGAGGCAACAACUGAGAGAACUUGCCAUGCUGAAUUCCAAUUUCAGAGAAGAGAGCCCUCAACUGAGUGGUAGUCUCUCUCCAUUCACCUCUAAUGAAAUCAAAAGGGCGAAAACUGACCAAUAGUGUCUCUACAUUGAGAAUGCCUUUGAUGUAAAUUCUGUGUAGCUGCAAUGAGAAAACCUUGCUGACUUGGUGAACAAAAUGGAGAGAAGGGGGCAGGGGUAAUGCAUAAUUUUUGUCACAGUCAACUGCAUUAUAGCUUGUUUGGAUCAACUUUUUCUAAUUCAGAAUCAAUUCUGAAACCUAGAAGCUAUUUAAAGAAGUUUCUCCCCAGAAUUGAUUCUGAAUUCAGAACCAAUUGUGUAAGAAUUUCCGAACAUGCAUUUAGUAGACUUGUAAAACUAGCAGAACUGUUACUACUAUUAUCUUUUGACCGGUUGAUCAGUUUAUCUGUAUUGUAAUGUGUAUAAAAAACCACAGUGCUUGCUUGGACUUGUAGUAAACUGAAAGCUGUUUGAUAAUGAUUCAUAAUUUGUACUUUA